CCGGUGCCGCCCCCGGCCGGCGCCGCUCGGUGGGGCAGAGCCGGGCCGGAUAACGCCGUCUGGAACCGGGCCGGACCGGGCCACCGGUAGCGGCCAUGUACGGUGUCUGUGGCUGCUGUGGUGCCCUGCGGCCUCGCUACAAGAGACUCGUGGACAACAUCUUCCCUGAGGAUCCAGAGGAUGGGCUGGUGAAGACCAACAUGGAGAAGUUGACAUUUUAUGCCCUGUCUGCCCCAGAGAAGUUGGAUCGCAUCGGGGCCUACCUGUCCGAGAGGCUGAUCCGGGACGUCAGCCGGCACCGCUACGGGUAUGUCUGCAUUGCCAUGGAGGCCCUGGACCAGCUCCUCAUGGCCUGUCACUGCCAGAGCAUCAAUCUCUUCGUGGAGAGCUUCCUGAAGAUGGUGGCAAAGCUGCUGGAGUCAGAGAAACCCAACCUGCAGAUUCUGGGGACCAACUCGUUUGUGAAGUUUGCCAACAUUGAGGAGGACACCCCCUCCUACCACCGCAGCUACGACUUCUUUGUCUCCCGGUUCAGUGAGAUGUGUCACUCCAGCCACGAGGACCCCGACAUCCGCACCAAGAUCCGGAUGUCUGGGAUCAAGGGUCUGCAAGGAGUGGUGAGGAAGACAGUGAAUGAUGAGCUGCAGGCCAACAUCUGGGACCCCCAGCACAUGGAUAAAAUUGUCCCCUCCCUGCUCUUCAACCUCCAGCACGUUGAAGAGGCUGAAAGCCGUUCCCCUUCCCCUCUGGAAGCCACUGAGAAGGAGAAGGAGAGUCCCACAGAGCUGGCAGAGAGGUGCCUGAGGGAGCUGCUGGGUCGAGCAGCCUAUGGAAACAUCAAGAAUGCCAUCAAACCCGUCCUCAUCCACCUGGAUAACCACUCACUCUGGGAGCCCAAGAUCUUUGCCACUUGCUGCUUCAGGAUCAUCAUGUACUCGAUCCAGCCUCAGCAUUCCCAUCUGGUCAUCCAGCAGCUCCUGGGACACCUGGAUGCCAACAGCAAGAGUGCAGCCACGGUGCGGGCGGGCAUCGUCGAGGUCCUCUCGGAGGCAGCUGUGAUUGCUGCCUCUGGAUCUGUUGGUCCCACGGUGCUGGAGGUGUUCAACACCCUCCUGAGACAGCUGAGGCUCAGCAUUGACUAUGCACUGACUGGGAGCUAUGACUGUGGGGCUGGUGUCAGCACCAAGAUCAUCAAGGAGCACGAGGAGACCAUGUUCCAGGAAGCUGUCAUCAAAACCAUAGGGUCUUUCUCCAGCACUCUGCCCACCUACCAGCAGUCUGAGGUGAUGGUCUUCAUCAUGAACAAGCUGCCAUUGCCCUCCCUGCAGCAAGCCAUUGAGGCUGGCAAAGCUGGGGAGAACCGGAAUCGGCUGACACAGAUCAUGCUCCUGAAAUCCCUCCUCCAGGUCUCUGUGGGCUUCCAGUGCAGUAACAUGCUGACAGCACUUCCCAGUGCCUUCCUGGACAGGCUGCUCUCUGCAGCCCUCAUGGAGGAUCCUGAGAUCCGGCUCUUUGUCCUGGAGAUCCUCAUCAGCUUCAUCGAUCGCCAUGGCAACCGGCAGAAGUUCUCCCCCAUCAGCACCAUCAGUGACAUCUCCAUCCUGAAGCUGAAAGUGGACAAAUGCUCACGCCAAGAUACUGUCUUCAUGAAGAAGCACGGGCAGCAGCUCUACAGACACAUCUACCUGAUCUGCAAGGAGGAGGACAACGUGCAGGCUCACUACGAGGCUCUCUACAGCUUGCUGAUGCUCAUCAGCAUCGAGCUGGCCAACGAGGAGGUGGUGGUGGAUCUCAUCCGACUGGUGCUGGCAGUGCAGGAGAUGGCUCAGAUCAAUGAGGACAACCUCACCCCCUACAACCGCUGUGCUCUCCUUGCCCUGGGGGCAGCUUACCUCAACCUCAUCAGCCAGCUCAUCACUGUACCCACCUUCUGCCAGCACAUCCACGAGGUCAUCCAGAUGCGACAGAAGGAAGCUCCCUACCUGCUCCCUGAAGAGGUCUUUGUGGAGAAACCCACGCUGAGCCAUACCCUUGAGUGCCUCAGCUCAGAGGUCUUCUUCUGGCAGAGCAAGAUCAGUGAGGUGCUGGGUGGCAGUGGGUACAACUCAGACAGGCUGAGCACCCCCUACAUCCCCCAGCUGACAGAUGAAGAUCGUUUGUCCAAGAGGAAGAGCAUUGGUGAAACCAUUUCCCUGCAGGUUGAGGUGGAGUCAAGGAACAGUCCUGAGCGGGAGCAGCGAGCCCCAGCAGAGGAGAUCACCUACGAGACGCUGAAGAAGGCGAUAGACAGUGUUGCUGUGGAGGAGCAGGAGAGGGAGAGGAGGCGGCAAGUGGUGGAGAAGUUCCAGAAAGCCCCAUUCGAGGAGAUCGCUGCCCACUGUGGAGCCAGGGCCACACUGCUGCAGAGCAAGCUCAACCAGAUCUUUGAGAUCACCAUAAGGCCACCACCAAGCCCCUCUGGCACCAUCACAGCUGCCUAUGGGCAGCCCCAGAACCACUCCAUCCCAGUGUAUGAGAUGAAGUUCCCAGACCUGUGUGUGUACUGAGGAUGCCCAGCUGGCCCCAGGGACCUCUUCCUGCAGAGACUGCUGACCCCUUGGGGAUCCCAUCCUCAGCCAGCACUGCUGGAGACACCCAAACCACCCCAAGAUUCACCACAACCCCCAAGAUGGCACCACAAACCCUUCUCCCAUGGUUUCUUUUGUGACUUUCUGCCUCUGCAGCCACCACUGGUGGGACAGGAGGCUCUGGGGACAGUGACACAGGGGGGGUGGGGUGGUUGCCCUCACCUCCUGCUUUGUUUUUGGGGGGAAGAGGAGAGGUGAUGCUCUGGCUCUGGGCAGAGCCCUUUGGGCACCAUAAAGCAAAUCCAUUCCCUGGGGACAUCUCUCCCCACAUCAUCUCUUGGCCACCUCAAGAACCUUUGGCAACGGAUGGAGCUGAGGGGUUGGAGACCAGAAAAAGCAGGAGGAGGUCUAGGGUGUGAAGGGCUGGAGCCCCAAAACCCAAACCUGUCCCAAAAGCUGGUUUGCUUGAGGCAAACCUGGAAGAGUCCUGAAUCUUCCCAGGAAUUUCCCCUUGGCUUGGUGCCACUUCCUCUGGCCACCUCCUCGUGUCCCCAUGUCCCAGCUGGAGGAUUUCCCUGGUCAUGCACAAGGAUGGGCACCAUCCCAUCCCAACACGGGGUCGUGCAGCAGCCUGGCUGGUUCCAGGUCACUUGAGAAGGUGGAUUAUUUGGGAUAAUACACACUUUCCUUUCUUUUUCUGAGGGGGUGAGGGGGGAGGAAGGGAGGACACCCCACAAAAGCCAUGUCAGCUCUUGUCAUCAAGGGUCCUCAGCAAGACUGCACUGUGUCACUGCAGCCACCCACUGCUUUCAUAGGGUUUUGGGUAGGUUUUUCACAGUUUUGAGGGUUCCUGCCUCGAAGGGAGAGUUAUUUAUUUUAUUUUAAUUAUAUUUAUUACAUUUUAUUUUUUUUAGCAGAACCACUUUGCCACAAAGCCCCAAUCUCACAUCAGCUGAGCCAUAAUCAACCAAGCAACCCCAGUGCUGGAGGAUGUAGCUGCCAUAAGAAGGGUUUGGAAGGCUUCACCCUGCAGAUCCCACCUCUGGGUCCUGCCCCUGCUGGGGCAAAAGGGUCAAACUGGAUUUGGGGUGGGGAGGAGAUGAAGCCAGGGUGGGGUUUGCUUUAGCCACCCCUGGAAGGAAAAUUGGGGUCCUACCAAGCCAAAAACAGUGAAGUGAAGGUUGUAGGAAUGGGGUGGAGAGGUCACUUGGGAGAAGUUGGUUCUUUCCAUAGGGUUAAACUGGAUUUAGGGUGAGGAGGAGAUGAAGCCAGGGUGGGGUUUGCUUUAGCCACCCCUGGAAGAAAACUUGGGGUCCUAUCAAGCCCAAACCAGUGAGGUGAAGGUGGUAGGGAUGGGGUGGAGAGGUCACUUGGGUGAAAUUGGUUCUUCACAAGAGGUAUUUAGUCAUUCCCAGGGGUGUUUGGUCACCCACAAGGGGCAUUUGGUCACUCACAGGGUUAUUUGGCUGCUCACAGGGGGGGGGGGUUUGGUUUUUCACUAAGGGGGUUUGGUUGUUCAAGGGGGUCUUGGGGUGGUGUUUGGUCACUUGUGGGGGUGUUUGGUCACUCCUGGGGGGUAUUUGGUCACUCAGAGGGUUAUUUGGCUGUUCACAGGGGGUUUCUGGUUUUUCACAAAGGGUUUUUGGUUGUUCAGGGAGCAUUUGGUGGCUCACAAGGGGUAUUUGGUGGCUCACGAGGGGCAUUUGGUGGCUCACGAGGGGCAUUUGGUCACUCACAGCGGUGUUUGGUCACUCGUGGGGGUAUCUGGUCCCUCACUGAGGGUAUCUGGUCACUCAUGGGGGCAUCUGGUCCCUCACUGAGGGUAUCUGGUCACUCAUGGGGGCCACUUGGUCACUCAGAGGGGUAUUUAGUCCCUGAUAAAGGGUAUUUGGUCACUCCCAGGGUCUUUCUUUUUUCCUCCCCACCCUCUCACCUGUGGGUGCUCUCUCCAUCCUCACCACCCCCUGGGUGCUGCCUGCAGCUUCCCCCCAGCACCCUGGGGGGGUUCCCUGUGAGCUGGGGCAUCCCCCCCUUCCCUCCCACCCCUGGGACCCCACUGCUCUUGGCUUUGCCACCCCAAGAAAGGUUCAAAGCUGGAGAUGCAGAAGCUGCUUCUGCCCAUGGAGGGACAGCUGGGGACCGGCAGCCACCGGGUUGUCUUCUCCAUCACCUCUUUCCUCUCUGUCUCAGGUCCUUAAGCCCUUGAUGAACACAUCAUAAACCACCCUUCUCUUUUUAUGCAUUUUAAGGUGCAAUUUUGUGCAUUUAUUUCAUUCUUUUCCCCCUCUCCAUCCCCCUUUGGUGGUGGCUGGGGUUGGUGAUCCCUCCCAGGUCACCCCGGUGUCGGGGCUUUAAUCCCAGCUCAGGAAAUGAUCUUGCUUAAGAGGACAGGAAAAACAAAGGUUUAUUUUGGUUCCUGAGCUGGAUCCCUCCUCCUGCUGCCCCCAGGCUCUCCCCUUGCUGCUGUCACCUCUCCUCAGGGUCCCUGGGUGUCUCUGUCCCCAAGUUUUUGUUGCUCCUCAAGCUUGGGGUUGUUUUUUUUUUUUUGGCCAGGAGAGGUUUUUGGGGAACCUCAGGGUGGGAAACUUUUCCUCUUGGGGUCAUUUUAAUGAAAAGCACUAAAAAAA